AAACAGGGAAUCUUCAAUUUUGAUGAACAAUGUCGUAAGAAAUAUGGGAAAACAUGGGGCAUUUAUGAUGGCCGUCAGCCUGUCCUGUGCGUCACAGAUCCUGCCACCAUCAAAGCCGUUCUGGUUAAGGAGUGUUACUCUCUUUUCACCAACCGCAGAAAUUUCCGUCUAAAUGGGCCGCUGUACGACGCCGUCUCUAUCGCUGAAGAUGAUCAGUGGAGGAGGAUCCGCAGCGUUCUGUCUCCAUCCUUCACCUCAGGAAGACUCAAAGAGAUGUUUGACAUCAUGAAGCACCAUUCUGCUAACCUGGUCAGCAGCAUGAAAAAGAAGGCAGACAAAGAUGAACCCUUAGAGCUGAAGGAGUACUUUGGUCCGUACAGCAUGGAUGUGGUCACCAGCACAGCCUUCAGUGUGGACAUCGACUCACUGAACAACCCCUCAGACCCCUUUGUCACUAACAUCAAAAAGAUGCUCAAGUUUGACUUUCUGAACCCUCUUCUCCUUGCCGUUGCUUUCUUUCCAUUCCUUGGUCCCAUACUGGAAAAGUUUGAGUUUUCCUUGUUCCCUGCAUCGGUCAUGGACUUCUUUUUUGCUGCACUGCGAAAAAUUAAGUCGAAUCAUGAGAACAACAAGCAAAAGAGUCGAAUUGACUUCCUGCAGCUGAUGAUCGACUCCCAGAAGAACAACCAGAACGGCCAGCUGGAUAAAGGUUUAAGUGAUCAUGAGAUCCUGUCUCAGUCCAUGAUAUUCAUCUUUGCCGGCUAUGAAACCACCAGCAGCUCUCUGACGUUCUUGGCUUACAAUCUGGCAACAAACCCAGAGGUCAUGAAGAAGCUGCAGAAGGAGAUAGACGCCACCUUCCCUAACAAGGUCUGUGAUUUCGAAUGAAAAGAGAUUUAAAAA